CAAAACACAUUUCAAUGCACUUUAAGGGCUAUGGUUAUGGGUGUUAAAUGGAGUACAAUUUUUUUCUCUCUCUUGAAGCAGCCUGUUUCUGAAGAAUGGCAUUGAGUGACCUCCUUUAUCCAGAUAAUCCCAAGAGAAAGCAAGAACUGAUCCAGCUGCAUCAGCAAUUGCUUGACUGUAUGUCCACAAAUUUCCAUGCAACAAACGAGCUGGUUGGAGUGCUGAAUGAACACCUGGGCUGUACUAUUACCCCCAUCGAGAUGCGAGAGAGCAGUACAGUCAAGGAAAACUGUGAAACUAUCAUUCAAGUCAUGAGUGAGAUUCAGCAUCAAGUGCAGAAGAUUGAUAGUGACAUGAAGGAAAAGCUGGAGCCAGUGCUGUACCAAAAGUUAUAUGACAUCAAAGAGCCCGAGCUGGAGAAAAUUGCAAUAGCCCAGAGAGUUUUUUCCAUUAUUUUUGGAGAAGCAACUUCAACAGCUGCAAUGGUAGCUAUCAAACUUCUUAGCUCCAAUCAUUUAACUCUCAGUGUGAGCAAGCUCAUUGGUCUCCUUGCGCAAAUUGGGGCAUCUGUUCUCGGGGGAGUUAGUAUUACCAUUAUUGGGCUUGGCCUUGAAAUGAUUCUCCAUGCCAUCCUGGGAGCCAUGGAGAGGAGUCAGCUUCUGACAGCUGUGAGAAGCUAUGAGGAGCACCUGGCUGAGUUUAAAGCAGCCUCAGAAAAGUACCAGCAAGCCAUACAUGAAGUAACUACUUUGGUGAGACAGCAAGUUCAGUAAAUGAAGCUGGAGUUCUCUUUUCUGCUGUGACAGUAGCUGCAGCAGCUAUGCCUGCAGAAACCUUUUUGAUUUAUUACGAUAAAUGAAACUACUGAUGGCUUUUUAUUUUCUUAUUUGUGGCAGCAGAACAAGAAAAGUGAAUUCAGGAAACUGGCACUGAAUAUGAAUAGAAAACUGGUUUACAAGGGUUUCGGGGGGAGCAGUGUUUCAAAUAGUUUGCAUCUCUCUUUAAGCUUAUUUUCUGGGAAGCAUUAUAGGUAACCUUGAAUUGUAAUUCAUACUAGAGACAAUAAUACAGACUACUGGACCAGUAGUGGUAAGAAAGAGUGUUUCUAUAUCAUAGAUGACAACACAGUGGAAGAAAACAAUUUCAACAAGGCAAUUCAUGCCAGAAUCUGGAGGCUUUAUAAAGACAUCUGUGGUUGCUAAACUCUUAGUGUGGAUUAGGGCUAAACCUGGUAAACUGAAUUCCCUGUUCAUUACAAAGACUAGCUGAAGCAUAUUUAGCUGCUAUUUUCUGCCCUCCUAAGGAGCCAGCCAGAGAUCUACUUUAAAUAAACUCUAAUCCCAGUAGUUUGGCAGGUAAGAGAAGCCUGGGCCUGCACACAAACACACACAACCUUGCUCCACAAUGGAGAGAAAUCAUCUGCUGUGCUCCGGGUGUGCCUGGCCAUGAAUAACCUGUUAUGCUGGUAAUGCUCUGCUCCUGCCAACCCUCAUUGUAAAAAUUUCUGUGCAAAGUUGCUCUUUUGUUGAUUGAAGUGGGAUUAUGCACAUGUACAAGUGCCUUUAGGAUUGCAGCCCUAUUAAUGUACUAAAGUUACUUUCAAGUGCUUAACCUGAUCCCACCAGUG